AUGGAUCCUGAAGGUUUCACGAAUGGACUAUUCCGAUGGAACCCAACGAGGGCAAUGGUUCAACCACCACCUCCGGUUCCUCCUCCACCGCAGCAAUCUCCGGUUACACCGCAGACGGCGGCGUUUGGGAUGAGACUUGGUGGCUUAGAGGGUUUGUUCGGCGCAUACGGAAUACGUUUUUACACGGCGGCGAAGAUAGCUGAGUUAGGUUUUACGGCGAGUACGCUUUUGGGGAUGAAAGACGAUGAGCUUGAGGAUAUGAUGAAUAGCCUCUCCCAUAUCUUUCGUUGGGAGCUUCUCGUUGGUGAGCGGUACGGUAUCAAAGCUGCCGUUAGAGCUGAACGGAGACGAUUGCAAGAAGAGGAAGAGGAGGAAUCUUCUAGACGCCGUCAUUUGCUACUCUCCGCCGCAGGUGAUUCCGGCACUCAUCACGCUCUUGAUGCUCUCUCCCAAGAAGAUGAUUGGACAGGGUUAUCAGAGGAGCCGGUGCAGCAGCAAGAUCAGAACGACGCGGCGGGGAACAACGGCGGAGGAGGUUAUUGGGAAGCAGGACAAGCAAAAAUGAAGAAGCAACAGCAGAGGCGUAGAAAGAAACCGAUGGUGACGUCAGUGGAAACCGAUGAUGACGGAAACGAAGGUGAGGAUGACGACGGGAUGGAUACCGGCAACGGAGGUGGUGGGUUGGGGAUGGAGAGACAGAGGGAGCAUCCGUUUAUUGUAACGGAGCCUGGGGAAGUGGCACGUGGCAAAAAGAACGGUUUGGAUUAUCUUUUCCACUUGUACGAACAAUGCCGCGAGUUCCUUCUUCAGGUCCAGACAAUUGCUAAAGACCGUGGCGAGAAAUGUCCCACCAAGGUGACGAACCAAGUGUUCAGGUACGCAAAAAAAUCGGGAGCGAGUUACAUAAACAAGCCAAAAAUGCGACAUUACGUCCACUGCUACGCUCUUCACUGCCUUGACGAAGACGCUUCAAACGCUCUUCGGAGAGCGUUCAAAGAACGCGGCGAGAACGUUGGCUCGUGGCGUCAGGCUUGUUACAAGCCACUUGUCAAUAUCGCUUGUCGUCAUGGCUGGGAUAUAGACGCCGUUUUUAACGCUCAUCCUCGUCUCUCAAUUUGGUAUGUUCCCACUAAGCUGCGUCAGCUCUGCCAUUUGGAGCGGAACAAUGCGGUUGCUGCGGCUGCUGCUUUGGUUGGCGGUAUUAGCUGUACGGGAUCGUCGGCGUCUGGACGCGGUGGUGGCGGCAGCGAAGAGUUGCGAUAUUAA